AUGGCGCCGGUGAAGGUGUUCGGGCCGGCGAUGUCGACGAACGUGGCCCGGGUGCUGGUGUGCCUGGAGGAGGUCGGCGCCGAGUACGAGGUGGUCGACAUCGAUUUCAAGGCCAUGGAGCACAAGAGCCCCGAGCAUCUCGUCAGAAACCCCUUCGGCCAAAUCCCUGCCUUCCAGGAUGGGACGCGCAAUUGCAAAGUACGUGCUCCGCAAGUACAAGAAGAACGAAGUGGACCUGCUGAGGGAAGGCAACCUGAAGGAAGCGGCAAUGGUGGACGUAUGGACGGAGGUGGACGCGCACACCUACAACCCGGCCAUCUCGCCGAUCGUGUACGAGUGCCUCAUCAACCCGCUCAUGCGCGGCCUGCCGACCAACCAGACGGUGGUGGACGAGAGCCUGGAGAAGCUCAAGAAGGUGCUGGAUGUCUACGAGGCGCGGCUGUCCAAGCACGAGUACCUCGCUGGGGACUUCUUCAGCUUCGCGGACCUCAACCACUUCCCCUACACCUUCUACUUCAUGGCCACGCCGCACGCGGCCCUCUUCGACUCGUACCCGCACGUCAAGGCCUGGUGGGAGAGGAUCAUGGCGAGGCCCGCCGUCAAGAAGCUCGCCGCACAAAUGGUUCCCAAGAAGCCGUGAUUUGCAAGGCGGGAUUUCGCAUCGUGGGAUGA